AUGAUCUCUUCUUCUUCUUGUUCAUCGGAAGUAAAGACUAAAUCAGAAUGUUUCGUCAAACCCAAAAUCAUCCCUCAAAAUUCCAAAGAGCCAUACCAUUUAUCACUACUGGAACAGUUUGUUCUCUUUGGACCUUACAUCCAAAAAGGACUUCUCUUCCUGAAACCAUCAGUUAUUUCAGAAUCUGAUGAUGCAACAUUCAUGGAGACUUGGCUACAAAAGCUUGAAGAUUCUUUAGCCGCAACACUUGUCCAUUUCUAUCCCCUUGCUGGUCGCCUCUCGACUUCGGAAACCGACAAUCCGAGAUCUCACUCUGUGUUUGUGGAUUGCACUAACAGUCCUGGAGCUGGAUUUAUUCAUGCCAAAUCUGAUUUAAGUGUAGAAGAUAUUGUUGGGUCCAAGUAUGUUCCUUUGGUUGUUCAAUCUUUCUUUGAUCAUCACAAAGCAGUGAACAAUGAUGGUCACACCAUGAGUCUCUUAUCAGUCAAGGUAACAGAGUUAGUAGAUGGAGUUUUCAUAGGAUUGUCAAUGAAUCAUUCGGUUGGAGAUGGAAGUUCCUUCUGGCAUUUCUUCAACUCUUUGUCUGAGGUCUUCAAUUCACAUGAAGAAACCACUGAUAUUAACAACAAUAACUACUUGCUCUGUCUCAAGAAUCCUCCAAUCUUUCGUCAAGGGUCCGGUCCUAUUUGCAGCCUUCCCUUCAGUCAACAUGAUGAGUCUAUUCAUCAAAUCGAAUCUCCGGUUUUACAGGAGAGAAUGUUCCAUUUCUCUUCUGAAACAGUGAGAUCACUGAAAUCAAAGGCGAAUCAAGAUUGUGAAACAACAAACAUCUCUUCUUUUCAGUCGUUAAGCGCAUUUAUAUGGAGAAGCAUUACAAGAGCAAGAAAACUACCAAAUGAUCAAGAAACUAUUUGCAGGUUUGCUGCUGAUAAUAGAUCAAGAAUGAAUCCACCAAUGCCAAUGAAUUACUUCGGGGUUAACAUCUCUCUUGUGACAGCGACUACGAAAACUGCUAAUCUAUUGGAGAAUGAGUUUGGAUGGGCUGCUUUAAAACUACAUCAAGCUGUAACCGAGCACACUGACGAAAAGAUUUCUUCCGACAUGGAUCAAUUGUUGAAGUCUGUGUCUACGUCUGUGUCUGCGUCUGCUUUGCUAGAUGCAUUUAUCUAUCCGACCAUUGUUCAUCUGGGAAGCUCACCGAGGUUUAACAAGUACGGAUGUGAGUUUGGGAUGGGGAAAGCGGUUGCAGUUAGAAGCGGUUAUGGCAGUAAGUAUGACGGGAAGGUAUCAGCUUAUCCGGGAAGAGAAGGAGGAGGAAGCAUAGAUUUGGAAGUGUGUCUUCUCCCAGAGUUUAUGGAAGCUUUGGAAUCAGAUCAAGAGUUCAUGUCUCUUCUUCUUGAUCCUAUUCAUAAUUCCCAACAUAAAACUUAA